GGUAUCAUUCUAUUAAUUAUUUUUUUGAAUAAUAAUAAUAAUAAUAAUAAUAAUAAUAUAAUUUAGAGUGUGUUAAAAAUUGUUUAAUGGAACCCAAGUAUUGUACAAUAUUUACAAUUGUAUAGUUUGUGUUGUAAAAUUAUACUUUGAAUAAACUUUAUUAUAAUGAUAUGUAUUGAAUAUUAUUUAUUCAUAAUCUUGAAAGACAAUAAUACUUUUAAUGACAAACUCCGGCGGAAUUGUUUUAUUCGUCAAAACAGGCUCUAGACAGUGGAAAAUUUGGGAGAUAUUUUAAUAUGAACCUUAUAUUAAACUACCAUUUUGUGGAUUUGGAAGGCUCCUGGAAAGUAAACCGUACAAGUGAACGCAUUGCUUUAUCUUUAUCAAGGCUAUUUUCCUGUUACACGGAAGGAAUGAAAUAAACAACAAUAAAAA